UUGUAAUUUUUUGGUUGAGAGAAAAAUUCGUUGCAGGCGGAGCCGUCAAGCUAUUUGAAUCACCGUUUCCGCUUUACCAAAAGCCCUCUCGUUGGCUUGUGCGGCGCUCCUUGUCUUCCUCUCUCUUUCUCUCUCCUAGGGUUUUCUGUUCUCGUCCUCUCUCUCUCUGCUGCUCUAUCUCGGGUCUCGGCCUCUUCUAUCGACGGUGUGUGUUUGGAAUCAUUAUCCGCCUUUAACCCAGCUCGGCGUUUCAAGAUCCGACCAUGGCGGCUGUUGCUUCAGCUGCGGAUCAAGCAACAGAGUUGCUUAAGAAGCUUACGAUGGAACCCAAGAACAAAACUCAAGAGGGUCAUGAUGUUGCCAUGAAGCCUUCUGGAAUUCAGUAUGGAUCUGCAAAUGGAGUUGAAGCACCAAAAUUUCAGAUGCCAUUAUCAGAGCGUUCUGUGACCCCUGUGCUACCUGAAUAUGUGGAUCAUAAUAUUUGCUGCUAUUUGCCAAACGGAUAUCCAUCAACAGCUUAUUAUUAUGGAGCUUAUGAUGGUUCAGUGAAUGAUUGGGAUUAUUCUCGAUACACUGAAGGAUUGGAGGUGGCACAUGGAGUUUAUAGUGAUAUGUAUCACCAUGGAUAUGGAUAUGCACCCUAUAGUGCCUAUCACUCUUCUGGUUCCCCUGUUCCAUCCAUGGGUCAUGAUGGCCACAUAUAUGGCGCACAACACUACCAGUACCCUUCUCCAUAUUUCCAGCCACAAACAGACAUGAAUGGAACAUAUUCUUCCAACAUCUCUGCUACUCAGGCGGAUGUUAAUGCAACUGCUGUUGCCGAUAAACCUACUGCAAUUGUUGAAUCUGUCAAAUCAAAUUCAACCGAGGUUAAUAAUGGAAAUGCUAAUGGGUUCAAGGACUUUGUGCCUCUAAAGCAAAGGCAGCAAAAUUCACAAUUGACUAGUAAUGGUACAUAUGGUAGUGGUGUUUUAGUUGGCGGGCACCCUCCUUCUGGUUAUCAGGACCCUAGGUUCAGUUAUGAUGGUAUUCGAUCGCCCAAUUCUUGGUUUGAUGGACCUGCAUUUUCAGAUCCCUAUGCCAGAUCAACUACUCCCAAUGCUUCAUUUUUAGCUGCUCCACAUAAUAGUAAUUUGGAAUCAUCAAGAAACCAUAAUGCACGUUCUGUUCCUCAACUAAUGGGCUUCAAUGCUACUAGACCAACAACACCAAUGGGACCAGCAGCUCAUGGUAUCAUGAACAGGAUGUACCCAGCCAACCAAAUGUAUGGGCACUGUGCAAAUGCUUAUAGGCCUGGCUUUGGAUUUGGAUCAAAUAUGUAUGAUUCCCGUAUGAAUGAUCGAUGGGGGAUGUCUUUCGAUGGAAAAUACAAACCUAGAGGCCGUGGCAAUGGCUUUUAUGGUUAUGGGAAUGAGAAUUUAGAUGGAUUAAGCGAGUUAAACAGAGGACCUAGAGCAAAUCGCUUCAAAAAUUACAAGGGUCCUGUUUCUGAAGAUCCUAGUGUUGUUCCUGAUAGAGAGCAAUACAAUAGAGCUGAUUUCUCUGAUAGAUACUCAGAGGCCAAUUUUUUUGUUAUUAAAUCAUAUAGUGAGGAUGAUAUUCACAAGAGCAUAAAGUAUAAUGUGUGGGCUAGUACACCUAAUGGAAACAAGAAGCUUGAUGUUGCUUACAAGGAGGCAAAGGACAAGGGAGUUGAAUGUCCUGUGUUUCUAUUCUUCUCUGUGAAUACAAGUGGGCAGUUCAUUGGUGUAGCUGAGAUGGUCGGUCCGGUUGACUUCAAUAAGACAGUUGAUUACUGGCAGCAAGAUAAGUGGAAUGGUUGCUUCAAUGUCAAGUGGCAUAUCGUAAAAGAUGUACCAAACAGCAUUCUGAAGCACAUUAUAAUCGAAAACAAUGACAAUAAACCAGUUACAAACAGUAGAGACACUCAGGAGGUGAAGCUUGAGCAAGGUCUUCAGAUGCUCAAAAUUUUCAAGGAGCAUACCAGCAAGACAUCUAUUCUGGAUGAUUUUGGUUUCUACGAGGCUCGCCAGAAGGUGAUGCAGGAAAAGAGAUCCAAACCGCAACUGCUUCUCAAGCCAAUGGUUGAGGUAAAACUGGCCAACCCUGUUGAUGAAAAAGGCAAAGAUGGGUCCAAUGUGAAUGGUGGAUUGCAGAAACCUUCGGAAUCAGUAACAGUUCUGAAGAAGGAAGCCGUUUCAGUUGACCUCGGCGAACAAAAGCAGUGUGAUGAUGAUUGCCUGCAACCGGUUGACGGUGACAGUGAUGCGCCGAAGGGAGUAAACUCAGUGGCUGAGAAGAGAAUGGUUUCGAAUGGCACUGUAAAUGGAUGCUAGUCUCAAUCUUUAGUACAACAGCAGCCAUGGAUUCGAUUGAAAGGUCUGUUUCAGCAUCUCUGUGUGCUACUUGCUACUGAAAUCGGCACAAAAAUUCUCAAUAGGUAAUCAAACUGAGUUUUCAAUGGCAGCUGCUGAUGAUGGUGUUCUAAGUUGAGCUCUGGCAAGGUUUGGGGGUAAAUUGUGUUUUUUGUCUCUCUUUUCCUGAGCCUCCUCUUGUGUAGUUGGUAGAUGCUUAUUACCUGGUCUACCAUACUUCCCUGUUUUAAAAUUCUUAGUUUCUAUUGGAUUGGGUCAUUUUCCUUUGGUGUUUUUGAGUACUUUGUUUCCUUUACUGUCUUAGCGUUUAGAUUUUGUUAAGAUCUUGAGUAUGGUGUCCUUUCAUGUAUUGAGCCCUCAAGUUUUGUAAAGAGGCCUUCUCUUUGGCUUUUGUACCUAUAAGAAUCUGGAAGAUUUUAUAGCAUUCUGCGAUGCAAUAUAGAGAGUUGGAUGGUCAAAUGUGUCUCA